UGGGAGUAGGGGUCCGAGCCCAAGGUCCCGGUCGUGAUGCAAGGGGGUUCCUGGCAGUCGCUGCGGUUGUUUUGCCCACGUGCCCAGAGGAGGCGGCCACGGCGCUGGCGGACCGAGCUGUGGCGGGACCGAGCCAGGAUUCCCCGGGACCGCCCGCUGUCCGAGCCCCGCCGGGCCAGUGCCCGCCGAGGCCGAGGGGAGAUUGAACGUGGCCCCCUGAGGCCGGCAGCUUGGUGAGGUAGGGGAGCGAAGGAGCAAGGCGGGGAACCAGGAUUGACGGGGCAUGCUGAUGUUGUGAAAUACCAUCAACUGCAGCUUCGGGAGCCGCGGAGCACUGGUUUGGAGAGCAAGCCCGGUCGAGUCCUUACGGAAGGAAGAAGAGUAUAUAUAUUCCUCCAAGUAUGGGAGGCGCGCGCGUUUGGGUCAGAAAUUGAAGUGCACGGGAGCCGUGUGGCCUAUGGACAAUAACUUUUUCGUCUUAAUUUAAGGAUAAAACUUUGCCACGGAGCAUGCCCUUUACUUCCGCGUGCCUCGUUUUUUGCAAAGUUGGCUUAUCACCCAGUCUUGCCUUAGUUAAUUCAUUACCGUGCUGGAGAAGGUGAAGAAACAGAUGGACCUCUUAUUAUAUAGAAUUUAAAUCUUCUCUCACAAGUGUAUGGUAGAGCUAAAGAAGAAGACAAGCAAGGGUCAUCUGAAAUUGUAAUUGGCUCACUAAUAAUCACAGGACAAAGUUGGAAAUAACUACUCAAGCAUAAGACACUACCAAGAUGUUUGAUAUAAAGGCUUGGGCUGAGUACGUUGUGGAAUGGGCUGCAAAGGACCCAUAUGGCUUCCUUACAACGGUUAUUUUGGCCCUUACUCCAUUGUUUCUGGCAAGUGCCGUACUGUCCUGGAAAUUGGCCAAGAUGAUUGAAGCCAGGGAAAAGGAACAAAAGAAGAAACAAAAACGUCAAGAAAAUAUUGCAAAAGCUAAACGACUAAAAAAGGAUUGAAGGAAUGAACAGGCUCUGUAGCCAGAGGAAAACCAUUUGGAAAAUUAUGCAGCUUUGGAAGGACCCA